AUGGGGGACAUGUUAGACCGCACGCCGCCCGAGCUGCUGAGGAGGAUGACGGAGGCCGCGGACCGAUCGUCAUCAGAGGCUGCCGAGAGGACCAAGUCUGGCGAACUGGCCAAGGACGUGUACAAUGAAGUCGGUACGGCUUUGAUCGAAGAGGUGAAACAGUUCAUGCUGGCGGACGUCGGCGCCAUCCAGCUGAACCAGUACAAGGCAUACUGCUAUAGGCCAAAGCUCUUCCUCGAGAACUCUGAUUUGCCUGAUGAUGCGCCUGCUGAGGUCCCCCACGAGCCAGGAGCGGCUGGGGACGGGCAUGGCGUUGGGCAUGAUGAAGCCGGGGGCGGCGGCCGAGGCAAGGGCGGCCGUAAGGGCGGCAAGGGGAAGGGGCGACGUAAGUCAAAGGUGUCGAGGAACGGUGACGAUGAUGACGCUGGCCAGGGUGACGCUGACGGCGAGGACGGUGGCAAGACCAAGGCUUGCGGGUCGUGCAAGAAAGAGAAGAGCAUCAAGGAGUUCUACGAGAGUCAGAACGACUGCAAGGUUUGCCGCAAAGAGGACCGUCAAAUGAUGGGAAUGGCUGAGAGGCAAGGUCUCACUUCCUGGUUGAAGGAUUUGAAGAACAAGAAGCCGGCCGAGUACGCGAAGCUCAAGAAGGUUGUCAUGAAGGUGGUCCCGAACGCCCAGGGCCGAAGGGAGUUUAACCUUGUCCAGUACAAGGAGGAGAUGUAUACCAGGGCAGAGGUCGAGUCGAACAAAAUGGGCAAAAUGAUGUGGGAAGGUGAGUACCGCGAAUUUGCCCAGAGUGCAGAGGGAGGGUUUCUGACCAAAGACGAGUACGAGGCACAAUGGAAGAAGUGGAUGGAAGAUCCGGAUCACCCCAAAGACGAAGACGGGCCUCGAGGCUACACGCAGUGUUUGGUCAAGAAGGGCAAGUACAUCAGUGACAAGGAGGCGAUGGGCAAGAAGAAAUCGGUCGAGGCUUCUGGGAAGGCGAUCAAGAAGUGUGACGAAGCCACGGCGAAGAGCUUGAUGAACCAAGCGACUGGCGGCAUGGACGUGGAAGACAACCUCCUCAACUUCGGCCAGGACGAGAAGUCCAAAGCCUUGAAGGUCAAGGGGAAGAAGAAGGCCGCCGCACAUGAUGAUACCGAGGACUGCAGUGACGAGGAGAAGACUUCGAAUCGAACUUCGAAGGCCGACGAGUCCAACCAGGGCAAAGGCAUAACCCCGAAGAAGGUUUCCGCAGAGGAGUGGCUCAACGGCACUGGGCCUCAGAAGAUCAACAAGGCUAACCGGGACUGCCUGUGGGAUGUGGGGAAGCUCGAGACAACUGCUGCUAGCCGUAUGAAGGACAUGGAGGCAGCGCUGGAGGACUUCGCCAAAGACCCCGACAAAGACAAGUUCUCGAGCGAGAUCAAGACUGUGAAGAACCGCCUCGAAGCGCUGGGCCACGUGCUCAGCCUGGACCCCUCCAAGCUCAAGACGUGCCCGUCCGAAAAGGGGUACAUCGCGAACGUGGAGACUGCUGCUGGCGCAGCAGACCGGAUUGCCAGCGAGUCCUUGGACCGCAGCUCUAUCCGAUCUUCCCACGACACGAAUCCGAUCAACUCUGCUGGGCCAUGUCCUCGGUACAAGGAUCUGAUCACCAUCGCCCAGGCCAAAGGGAAGGUCGACUUCAACGAUUGCCAGUCGGACGAGGACGUGAAAUCCCGCAAGACUGAGAUCUCCGAUCAAUACUCGGCCAUCCCGAACUUGCUCAAGUUCUGUUCCACUGGCGUGAGCGACUUGUACUCUGCCCGCACUAUGCUCCACAAGAGACGCACGUUAGAAGCGAAGGCGGCUGAGGAGGCGCGCAAGAAGCGGCAGAAAGAGGCGAAUGCUGCGAGCGGCGCUGGAAACGGGCCAGCGACCAAGAAGGCAAAACAGUCUCAGAUUCAGACCUAUCCCAUCUUCGACGUCGACCUGCCUGGAGGCCGUGACAUGUUCUCCAUACCGAACAUCCCCAUCGAUGCCCUGGUCGCGUUCGCAACGAAGCACGACGGCGACCUCGGCACCAGCCCUUGUGAUAGCAUUGACCCUGAAAAGCCAUUGCUGUUGCCCUUCCACGUGUCGCCUGCCCACUUGGAGUCUCGGGUGGGCCGCGAGCGGAGCGAGAUGCAGUUCGACAACCAGGAGGAGCAGGAUCGUUGGGAGGAGAGUGCGACUUCUUUGAAUAAGGGCACGGCGACUUUAUCUGAGGAGAUUGAGGGCUUCAAGGAGGAGUUCCGCGCCUCGGACCUGAGGCUUACGAUAGGCAGGGCCGUCAGCCCUUUGCCAGACGAGGAGUGCGAAACCGUCGUGAUGGAUUGGUUCCUCAACUACUGCCAGUUGGACAAAGCCGGCUUCCGGAACGUGCCCGCGCCGAAGGCUGCGGAGAACCGCCAGCUCUACAAUGUCGCGGGCCUCGGGUGCUUUGCCAUCGCAGCGGGCGUGCAGGACUGCCGGGUCGAGCCCUCAGCUUUACCCACCUUGCGGGGGCAAGUGGGUGGCACGCGAACCAUCGUUGCGUGCAGGGUUGACGAGGUCAUCUCGUUCCUGGUGGAGACGAAGGGGCAGAGCGACGUCACGACGAAAAUGUCCAUCGAGUUCAUCAAGUCUGCAAUUGCAGCAGACGUCGAGGACUUCGUGAACUCUGGCCGCAUGAUGUGGUGGGGAACGGUCGGCCCCUGGGAGGCGAUCUACCUCCCAGCAGGCUCCAUCUGCGCAGAGCGCAUCAACAACGGCGAGGACUGCUACGGCUUCAAACUGUCGCUCUUCAACGCCAAGGACUCCAAGGCGCUGGACAUCAUGAAGAAGUACGGGGAUGAGAUCGAGUCCGCGACGGGCAGGCCCUCGGAGGCGACGAAACAGGCCAUCAAGUUCGUGAAUGAGGUCAGGAGCUUCGAGGCCGAAGCCGCUGCUGCGGUUGUGGGCGCGGCUCCGCCCACAGGAGAUGAGGAUGUUCAGGAUCAGGAGGAGGCCGAGGGUCUCCAGGGAGCCUCUGGCGGUGGCGGCCCGGAGCCUGUGACGAUUCAGGUCGACGAGUAGGCGCCAUCCGCUUGGUAAAGUUAGGUUUGAG